AUGGCUGAAGAAGAACACACCUUUGAAACCGUCGAUGCCGGUUCCUCCUUGACCUACCCAUUGCAAUGUUCUGCAUUGAGAAAGAACGGGUUCGUUAACAUCAAGGGCAGACCUUGUAAGAUUGUUGACAUGUCUACUUCUAAGACCGGUAAGCACGGUCACGCCAAAGUCCAUUUGGUUGCUCUAGAUAUCUUUACUGGUAAGAAGUUGGAAGAUUUGUCCCCAUCUACCCACAACAUGGAGGUUCCAUUCGUUAAGAGAACCGAAUACCAGUUGUUGGAUAUUGAUGAUGGUUUCUUGUCCUUGAUGACCAUGGAUGGUGAAACCAAGGAUGACGUUAGAGCCCCAGAAGGUGAAUUGGGUGAUUCUAUCCAAGCUGCUUUCGACGAAGGUAAGGACUUGAACGUUACCAUCAUCGCUGCCAUGGGUGAAGAAGCCGCUAUCUCUUUCAAAGAAGCUCCUAAGUCCGAUUAA